GACAAAUCGAGUAUAUAAGUAGAUCGGUGGCACAGUGCCUCACUAUUCAGGCAGUAGCCAUCAAGGAGUUCUGCAGGACUUUACAUUAGCCACCAUGAAAUUCCUGGUAGUGUUGUGUUUGAUGGUGGUGGGUGCCAACGCUAAGUUUGGGAAACAUGGCAUUGUUAUGCCCGACGGCAACAAUGUCCAGUUUACUCACGAUCAGGCCGAGAACAUCCUUAUAAUCGGCCCCUCUGGCGCCAUCACUGCUGACGGCAAACACGUGCAGCUGGAUGCAGAUGGACUUCCUGUCACCCGCGCCAAGCGAGCAGUGCUGCUACAGGGACCCUCCAGCGUGCUCUUCGAGGAUGGACAAAGGAGGUCACUUUCAGGCGGCGUAAAAAUCGUGGAAAUUACUGAGACUGGCGCCGUCUUAUCCAACGGUGAUAAUGUUCAGUUCAAGCUCAAGAACUAGUGCUCCUUUCCUUUUUUUAUGCAACUGAGGGUCUCUUGGACUACAUCACCAACAAACAACUUUUUUUUUAUAUAUUCUUGAACAACUUCCCCCUUGCGUCACUGCCGCCAAUAAUAUACAUGCCGACACUCUUCUUUCCAACGAAAUGAGAUCCAGUUGCUUAAAGUAAAUGUAUUCAAAUCACGACCUUGCCAUAUCUACUUAUUGUCUUCUGCACCAACAGAACUUAAUCCACCUCCAUCAGCACAUCUACUGAUGGGAACUUCAUGUAGCUAUAUGUAGAUAUCCAAUAAACACGAAAUUAACACUGUAA